GGGCGGGCGCAUGGAGCGCGGCGCGGUGCGGCGCCUCGCCGCCCGGCUGGGCCUCGCCGAGCCCCGCGUCGUCAGAAAAGCUGAAGAGUACCUGCGGCUAUCCCAGGUGAAGUGCACGGGACUCGUGGCUCAGAUGACAGCGACGAGCAGUGCCGUGAUGUGCCUGGACCUGGCAGCUAGUUUCAUGAAACAACCAGUGGACAAAAGCUACUUUGUUAAACUCUCCGGUUUGAACAAGACGACUUACCAAAGCUCCAUAAAGUCUUUGGAGUGUUUGCUGGGAGUGAACUCCAGACUGGAAAUGCGAGACUUAGCUGUGCAGUUCUGUUGCAUGGAGGCAGUGAGCACCGCUUCAAAAAUGCUACAGAGGUAUGAAUCUAGCCUCUCUGAAACACAGCAAAUGGACCUUGAUUUCUCAAAGCCACUGUUUACAACAGCUGCGCUAUUCACUGCAUGCAGGCAGCUGAAGCUAAAAGUAGACAAAUCUAAAAUGGUGGCUACAUCUGGGGUGAAAAAAGCAAUAUUUGAGCGGCUGUGCAGUCAACUGGAGAAGAUGUGUCAGCAACUCAACAAAGAUGAUAUUCCUUUGACUGCUGAAACACCUGAAAGCCUGCAGACCAACCUGGAGCGCUGUGAGAAGGAAAAUGAAUCUGAAGAUGAAGAAAUGCCAUGUAAACGGCCAAAGACUGAAACAAAUCAGGACUAUGAAGAAUGGAAAAAGAGAAUCCUGGAAAAUGCUGCUAAGGCACAAAAGACAAAUAGGAGUACUGCCUCUAAAGUGUCAUCUAGCAAUAUCACGGCUGCUUGCUCCUAAUUUUAACUCCCCUUCCACUCUAAUGACUUCCAGUAGCAUGUGGAACAGUGGUUGGCUAGUAGCCAGCUAGUUUUAUUUAUGAGAUAGUUUAAAAACUAUUUAAGAAUGUUGUUUUUAAUAAGUGGCACCAGAAUUAUGGUGGGUUUUUUACAAGAAUAAGCAUGUCUGAACAGUAGCCAGGCUGGUGCCUGAGCAGCUAUGGCAUUAGGUGGUAGGAUGGGCUUAAUUUCUCUCACUGCAAGCAGGUAACAUUUUAAUGCCAUGUUAAAUGUGAAUAAGUUAUAAAUUACUUGCCUUUGUGCCUCUGGCUGGAAAUAGUCAGUAAAAAUAGAGGAAAAGGAUUAACGAUGCCUUGUUAACAGCAAAAAAAAAAAAUAAGAACAGUUUAUCAAACUCUUUAAUUAUUGCCAAAGAAAUACUGUUCAAAUGCUGAAGUUAAAUUAGUUUUUAUAAUCUGUGUGGGACUGAAGCCUUUUGUACCUGUAAGGGGCCCCAAAUAUUCCAAGAAACAAUAAAGAGACCUAGGGAAGACUUUGUAUUAUGA